UUAGCCAUCAGCCACCUUGCCCAUUGCUUGCUUAUACGGGGAAGACAGAGAAGGAAAUUAGGGCUCUGGAGCUCAUCGUCUCUCUCGCACAUGGCGUUUCCUCAACACCAUUUCCAGCAACUCUACCAACCUCAGCAACCACAGCAACCCAAAUCUUUCAGAAAUUUAUACUCUAUCGACGGUCAGAUUUCACCGCCUGUGACUUAUUACGAUCCGACUACAGUGCAAGAUCAGUCCCAGCAUCCUCCAUAUAUUCCACCAUUUCAUGUAGUCGGAUUCGCGCCAGGUCCGGUCGCCGCCGCGGAUUGCAGCGACGGCGGAGUUGAUUUGCAGUGGAAUUAUGACUUAGAACCUAAGAGGAAAAGGUUGAAGGAACAAGAUUUCUUGGACAACAACUCGCAGAUAUCGUCCAUUGAUUUCUUGCAGCCACGGUCGGUAUCGACGGGGUUGGGCUUGUCACUUGACAAUACCCGCGUCGCUUCCACUGGAGACUCUGCUUUGUUGUCGCUCAUUGGCGAUGAUAUUGAUCGCGAGUUACAGCAACAGGACACUGAGAUUGAUCGAUUCCUUAAACUUCAGGGUGAUAGAUUGAGACAAACUAUUCUAGACAAGGUCCAGGCAACCCAACUUCAGACAAUCUCAAUUGUGGAAGACAAAGUCCUUGAGAAACUUCGUGAGAAACAAGUAGAGGUGGAGAGCAUUAACAAGAAGAAUAUGGAGCUCGAAGAGCAAAUGGAGCUGUUGACAGUCGAGGCUGGAGCUUGGCAACAGCGAGCCAGAUACAAUGAGAACAUGAUUACGGCCCUCAAGUUCAAUCUCCAGCAAGUGCAUGCUCAGAGUAAAGAUAGUAAGGAAGGAUGUGGCGACAGUGAGGUAGAUGAUACGGCUUCAUGCUGCAACGGCCGUGCCCUCGACUUCCACUUUCUUUGCAAGGAGAACAACAACAUGAAGGAGAUGAUGACUUGUAAGGCAUGCCGAGUAAACGAAGUUUGCAUGCUUCUGUUACCUUGUAAGCAUCUUUGUCUGUGUAAAGAUUGUGAAAGCAAGCUUAGCUUUUGUCCCCUGUGUCAAUCCUCCAAGUUCAUUGGGAUGGAGGUGUAUAUGUAAUGCUAUAUAUGUGAAAAUUCUUGUAUUAAAUAGUUAUAUACAUUGUGCUUAUCACUUAU